AUGCCUGAACCCAUCAAGUGUGCACCCAAGAAGGGCUCCAAGAAAGCCGUUGCCAAGACCACUGGCAAAGGAGGCAAGAAGAGGAGAAAGACCAGGAAGGAGAGCUAUGCCAUCUACGUCUACAAGGUCCUCAAGCAGGUCCACCCUGACACCAGCAUCUUCUCCAAGACCAUGAGCAUCAUGAACUCCUUCGUCAACAACAUCUUCGAGCAUAUCGUCUCCGAGGCCUCCUGUAGGGCUCACUACAACGACCACUCCACCAUCACCUCCAGGGUGAUCCAGACUGUCGUGCACCUCCUGCUGUCCAGGGAGCUGGACAAGCACGCUGUGUCUGAGGGCACCAAGGUUGUCACCAAGUGCACAGCUCCAAGUCACCAGGUCAUCGGCACUGAGGGGCUGCGCUGGCUGAUACAGUCAUGUGUUUAA